AUGUGGAUCGAACGCUUUAGAUUUGUGUGCAAGACGAUAGUAUUGACUGGAAUACUCUUAACGCUAUUACUGCAUCCUAUCGACGGAGAAAAAGAAGGUUGUCGGUGCAAACGGACCAUGAAAGGCCGUGAUCAUUUGCAUCCAAAGUUGCAUUCAUUGCCAACCAUGUCACUAGCCGAGAUCCAAGAGCUCGAGGAGCUUCCCAAGCAUUUGGACUGGUGUGAACGAGGUUUUUGUGUCCCUAGUUGGAACCAACAUGUUCCACAGUAUUGCGGCUCUUGCUUUGCUCAUGGCGCAAUGUCAAGCGCGCAGGACCGUAUCAAGAUUCUAAAUAAACGUCGCAAUUACAUGGGAGCAGAUGUGAUGCUGGGUCGUCAAAGCUUUCUUAAUUGUGCACCAGGUCACGGUCUAUCGGCCGGAUGUGACGGCGGAGAAGCUGCUGAUGUGUACGAGUUCAUGCGUCGCUACGGACUGCCGGACGAGUCUUGCCUACCCUAUAACGCAACGGACCACACCAAAUUUCAAACGACCAACAACACGUGCCCACCACAUGGAUACUGCAUGAACUGUAUGUACACUCCUCAGAAUAGAAAGGAGCCGCAUUGCUUUCCUGUGACCAAAAUGGUGCGUUACCGUGCCAAGAGCCAUGGUCACUUGUCAGGUGAGCUGGCUAUGAUGAAGGAGAUCAUGACGGGCGGCCCCAUCACGUGUGGCAUCGCCUGUAGUGAAGGAUUCACUUUUGGAUACAAGGCUGGUGUUCUAGAAGACAAAACGGGUUUCAUGGACAUUGACCACGAUGUAGAAGUCGUCGGCUGGGGCGUAGAAGAUGGUGUCAAGUACUGGCACGUCCGUAAUUCGUGGGGAACGUACUGGGGCAUGAACGGGUUUUUCAAGAUCGUGCGCGGAAAGAACAACCUUGGUAUUGAGGCCGACUGUGCCUUCAUGGAACCAGACAUCAGUGAUGAAGAGCUGGUGUGGGAUGAAAAACCAAUUUAUGGAGGCUCUAUAUUCGGUAUCGUUCCAUUCAAGGAGACGGCAGAGAACCACCCGCUUAAAGACACGACGGAGGACAUCACGCGCGGCGACAACGAGGUCUUGACAGCUUACAGUCUGCCUGAUGAGAUGAAAUCGUUCGAGAUUGACACCAAGUCUCAGCAUGAAGACAAGUCGUUUACAGCGCUCGCGAUCAUGUUCUUUGUGUCCGGCUGCGUCUGCGCAGCACUUGCGGGGUUGUUUAUUCUGAAGUCCCGCGGCCACCGCUACGUGUACCGAGCGAUCUCGUAA